GUUCAGUUGAGACAGGAGGACGGGCGGUAACAACUCAACCAUGAAUGGAUUUAAUUUAGUUCAGCACAUCCAGCUCAAGCACGGAUUCCCUUGGACGUGAGGCAAGGUGGCACAAGCCUAAUUUUCAUUCCUGGAAUUUGUAUGAAUAAGAGCACUUUAAAUUUACAUGACAAAAGUGGGCCCAUAUCAUAGUUUAGUCAGCUUGCAGGGAGGGUUUACAUUCUAUGAAGGAAGGCAUUGCCAACAUAUCUCUAAGAGUUAGUACCAGAAUGUACAACCUGCUCCCUGAAUAUUCAACGAAAGCCAUUUUUCUGACAUAUUCUCUAUUUUUCCACUAGAAGACUACCUUGCGAAUGUAUAGAGCACUUUACUGAGAGCGUUUCUACCUCGGACCUUAUAUCAAUCUCAAGUACAAUUUCAUUUUGGAACAGGGUAAAAUUCCUCUUGAUCUGUCUCAUACUUCAGUCUAAGCUACAACACUUAAUCGCCAGCGAUUUCAUACCUCUUUAGAAACUUGGUAACCUAUAAGCCAAAUUCUCAGCUGUUUUAUAAGUAUUUCGACCCAUAAGCUAUAUCACGUCAAGGCUGUAGGAUCCAUCCAUCCGUAAGAAAACAGGCGAGCAUAUCUAAAAACCUCUCUCACUCACUUUCGAUGGAGACGUGCCGGCCCGGACCCGUUCCUGCCCACACAGUUAGCUGAGAGUGGACGGGUCGUCCCAGUGGUCACCCUGGCGGAACCCCAGCAGCCCCGGGAAGCCAUGGCAUCCUCAGUGCGCUUCACGGUCACUCCAACCAAAGCCGAGGAUGUCCCAGGCCUCUCCGACACAUCGCCCGACCUCAGUUCGCGCUCCAGUGGCCGGGUGCGCUUCGGCUCCCGGGAGAGUGUCAACCGCAGUGAGCCGCCCAGCGAAGUGUCCGGUGCGCUGACCACCACUGCUGGAGUGGACACCCCAGACCGCAGCCACAUGGAACACGGUGAUGGCAAUGCCAAGAUCUCCAGUGUGUAUAUCAAUAACAGUCAUGCUGUUGAUGAUGAUGAUUUCUAUGAUAGAAACCUGGCUCUGUUUGAGGAAGAGAUGGACACUCGUCCGAAGGUUUCCUCUCUUCUAUCCCGUCUGGCCAACUACACCAACCUCACACAGGGGGCCCGAGAACAUGAGGAGGCAGAGAGCAUCGGAGAGAAACGCAAGCCCAGCAAGACCCCUCAGAUGGGCACCUUCAUGGGUGUGUAUCUACCAUGUCUGCAGAACAUCUUUGGCGUCAUCCUCUUCCUCAGGCUCACUUGGGUCGUCGGCACAGCUGGAAUUUUACAGGCACUGUGUAUCGUCUUUAUCUGCUGCUGCUGUACCAUGUUGACUGCUAUCUCGAUGAGUGCUAUUGCCACUAAUGGAGUGGUACCAGCCGGGGGCUCGUAUUUUAUGAUCUCGCGCUCGUUGGGCCCAGAGUUUGGGGGUGCUGUGGGAUUAUGUUUUUAUCUGGGCACCACCUUCGCUGGGUCCAUGUACAUCCUCGGGGCCAUCGAGAUCCUGCUGAUGUACAUGGCUCCAGGAGCCGCAAUCUUUGUUUCAAAACAGCCCGAAGGCGAGGCGGCAGCCAUGUUGAACAACAUGCGCAUCUAUGGCUCCAUUUUCUUGCUGCUCAUGUCUCUUCUGGUCUUUGUGGGGGUCAAAUAUGUGAACAAGUUGGCGUCCAUGUUUCUGGCUUGCGUCAUCGUCUCCAUCCUCUCCAUUUACACCGGCGCUCUGGUGUCUGCCUUCAAACCACCUACUUUCCCGGUGUGUAUGCUGGGGAACCGAAUUCUUUCUCGCCAUGAACUCGGCGGGGACAAUCAAUGUUACAAGACGAUUCCAGUGCCCCACGAUCCACCGGUGCCUGAAGAAGUGAGCAUUAACGUUACCUCAGGCUUAAAUGGCACGGACACCUUUCCUGCUUCGCCAGUAACAGUUGAGAAGACAACAGUAUUAUGGAUGCGUUUCUGUAAUUCUUCAGAACUGAAUGCAGUGUGUGAUGAUUAUUUUGCUCACAACAACGUCACAGAGAUCAAAGGGAUACCGGGACUUGCAAGUGGAGUCAUUACAGAAAACUUAUGGAGUUCAUACCUCAGUAAAGGGGAUCUCCUGGAGCGACAUUCUCAACCCACUGCCAGCCCCAUCCACGUAAACCACAACUAUCCAUAUGUCUUCGCUGACAUCACCACCUCUUUCACACUGCUGGUGGGAAUUUUCUUCCCUUCUGUCACAGGUAUUAUGGCAGGCUCUAACCGGUCAGGGGAUCUGAAGGAUGCUCAGCGCUCUAUUCCUAUUGGGACUAUUCUAGCCAUCCUUACCACGUCCCUAGUCUAUCUGAGCAGUGUGGUGCUGUUUGGAGCCUGUGUGGAGGGAGUGGUACUCCGAGACAAGUUUGGAGACUCAGUGAAUGGGAACUUAGUUGUAGGCACACUUUCUUGGCCAUCUCCCUGGGUCAUUGUGAUUGGCUCUUUCUUCUCGACUUGUGGCGCUGGCCUCCAAUCACUGACUGGUGCCCCACGACUUCUGCAAGCCAUCGCUAAAGACAACAUCAUUCCCUUCUUGAGAGUCUUUGGUCAUGGUAAGGCCAAUGGAGAACCUACAUGGGCUCUGCUGCUGACCGCCUUCAUCGCUGAGCUUGGCAUUCUCAUUGCCUCACUGGACCUGGUUGCACCUAUUCUCUCCAUGUUUUUUCUGAUGUGUUAUCUCUUUGUGAACCUGGCCUGUGCCCUUCAGACACUGCUGAGAACCCCCAACUGGAGACCUCGUUUCUCCUAUUAUCACUGGACUCUGUCGUUUUUGGGGAUGAUUAUUUGCCUGGCCUUGAUGUUCAUUUCAUCGUGGUACUACGCAAUCGUCGCCAUGGCGAUCGCCGGCAUGAUUUAUAAGUAUAUAGAGUAUCACGGAGCAGAGAAAGAGUGGGGAGAUGGCAUCAGAGGGCUCUCUCUCAGUGCAGCUCGUUAUGCCUUGCUCAGACUGGAGGAGGGCCCACCACACACAAAGAACUGGAGGCCUCAGCUGCUUGUCUUGUUGAAGCUGGACGAGGACGCUCACGUCAAAUCUCCACGUCUGCUGACGUUUGCCUCUCAGCUGAAGGCAGGGAAAGGGUUAACAAUUGUGGGCACGGUCAUCUCUGGGAACUUUCUCCACAGCUAUGGAGAGUCUCUCGCUGCUGAGCAGACACUGAAGCACCUGAUGGAGAAGGAGCGUGUAAAAGGCUUUGUGCAGUGUAUCGUGGCCCAAAAGCCACGUGACGGCAUCAGUCACAUGAUCCAGUCGAGUGGCCUGGGCGGCAUGCGGCCCAACACGGUUGUGAUGGGCUGGCCACAUGCCUGGAGACAGAGCGAAGACCCACAGAGCUGGAAGACCUUCAUCAACACGGUGCGUGUGACCACCGCGGCUCACCUUGCUCUGCUGGUGCCCAAGAAUAUCUCCCUGUUCCCCACGAACAGCGAGCCCUGCACGGAGGGCUACAUCGACGUGUGGUGGAUUGUACACGACGGAGGCAUGCUAAUGCUCCUGCCUUUUCUCCUGCGCCAACACAAAGUUUGGCGGAAGUGCGGGAUGCGUAUCUUCACAGUGGCUCAGAUGGAGGAUAACUCAAUUCAGAUGAAGAAAGAUCUGACCACCUUCCUCUACCACCUGCGCAUAGAAGCUGAAGUGGAAGUCGUGGAGAUGCAUGACAGUGAUAUCAGUGCAUAUACAUAUGAAAGAACCCUGAUGAUGGAACAGCGGUCACAGAUGCUCCGGCAGAUGCGUCUCUCCAAAUCUGACCGGGAGAAAGAGGCUCAACUGGUGAAGGACAGGAACUCCAUGCUGCGCUUGACCAGCAUUGGCUCCGAUGAUGAUGAUGACACGGACGGGAUGGGUGGGGGUGAUAAAGUGGGUGGUGCUGCAGAACACCGGCGUGUCCAUAUGACCUGGACUAAGGACAAGGCCCUUGAGCUUCGUGCACAAGCACACAUACCGUCUGGCUGCAGCACCCCUGAGGGCUUCAGAGACAUGCUCAGCAUGCGGCCGGACCAUUCCAAUGUGCGGCGCAUGCACACAGCGGUCAAACUCAAUGAGGUCAUCGUAAACAAGUCCCAUGACGCUCGGCUGGUCCUGCUCAACAUGCCGGGGCCGCCCAGGAACUCUGAAGGAGAUGAAAACUAUAUGGAAUUUUUGGAGGUCCUAACGGAGGGCCUGGAGCGUGUCCUGUUGGUCAGAGGCGGAGGAAGUGAGGUCAUCACCAUCUAUUCUUGAAGGCCAGUGCAAAUUUACCGGCUGCACAGCGACAGCCAGCGGCACAAAAGAGGAUACAAAGAGAAGCGUGACUAAGUGGGGGGUUUGGGGGUUUGUCACAUAGAACUGGAUGAUUCGCCAUUGGCUGUAUCUGAAAAAGUGCUCUGUCCAUUGUCAGCUCAUUUUACAUCAGCCUGUGUUCACCAACACCACCCAAGAUUUUUCAAUAAGUGGUCACGAUCAGUGUUUUUGAACGGCAAGACUGGACGAUCAGUUUGUGUGUGUAUUCAUGUGUGUGUGCUGGACUGUGUGGUUGGAGAUAAUGUAAGAAAGCUCUGGGAACAAGGAGCGCCAUGACGGACCAAUCGGUGAGGGACCAUACACACAAGCGUGCGCACAUAUGUGUAUCACACAGCAAGACAGUGAGCGUGUUCCAUGGACUGACUGACUCAGGGUUUGCUCUGGUUGAUGCUGGACCUUGAAUGCGUGCAUAUAUGUACAUGUGUUAUUGUUAGGGCUAGCCAUUUAUGAAUGAAGGUUUGAAUGAUGAAUGAAAGGAUCACAGUUAGUUGAAAUUCAGCUAACGUCCAUAUCACCUGUUUUGUAUUUGUGUGUCACGGAAGAUUUCAGAUUGCGGUUCUGUGGAAUAAAGGUUCGUAGCAAUAUGAAGCAGGCACUGUUGCACAUUCAGCCACUCUUUUUAGAGACCAAUAUUUUCAGCAUGCCAUUUUAGUGUUGUUCAGAUAAACGUGGUCUAGGCUGACAGCAUGCUUGCAUGUUUGUAUGUGCGCGUGGGUAUGUGUGCGAGAAAGAGAGAUAGACUAUGUGUAUUUGAAUACUCUAGCAUUUUUCAAAUGAAUCGUCAGCGAUGUGUCUGUAGCACAAUGUUGAUCACCACAAACAGUAAUUUCCCUGUGUCUUAGGUAAUAACAGAAAACUUGAUUAAAAACCCAAAAGAAGUCAAAGAGCAGGCGCUGAAGCUCCAGGAUCUCCUGAAGCGCCUGCUCUUUGACUUCUUUUGGGUUUUUAAUCAAGUUUUCUGUUAUUUCUGUUGUCUUUUAUUGUAAAUUUGUGUUGAGUCAACAGGUUUUCUCCGAUGCCACUAUCCCAUAUUUAUAAGUACAUAUGUGCCAAUGGCAGUGCGUAAAAACUUUGUACAUCUACCUACAUCAGCAUUACAGAGAAAUAUAACAUUUCGCUGUUGUCCGAACAAAACCGUGUAUCUCUUUUUUUGUUGUUUUUCGGUUUUUGACAUAAUCUGAAAAUGCCUGUUGCCCUUUACAUUGUGUGUAAAUUUCAUGAUGAAUAAACCAAAAAAUAUGGCCCAAAUUUAUUUGCAAAAAAUUCUGGUUCCAUUGACUUGCAUUAAAAGUAAAGCAGUAUUUUUCUUCUCCUGUAAAGCUAUCAUUUUGGAGAUACAAGGUUUUGUUCCUACCAAAGCGAUUUAGUUCUGUAUGUAUACAAAUGCUAUAAAAUGAGUAAAAUGCAGACAUUUCAGCACUGUAGCCGGACAUCACCUAACUGUUCUGUUCUGGAGAACAAUAAACAAGUGGUGUCAAAGUUAAUGCGAUAUAUUAUAAACACCUUUUUUAACACAGUGCGCUAACACGUUUUGCUAGUUUAACGCUUUCAAGCAGUCCUUUGUUUCAGCCUGAUGUCCAGCUGCUUGUGUGCUGUUGCUUUGACUCCAUGGCUGUAGCCCUCUUGUAGACAGCUUUUGAAGUGAAAGUUCCUUUGAUGGCUCUCUUGAUAUAAAAUGGACUUCCAAAAAUAACUUAUUUACAGUUACGGUAAUGCUGCAAAUUUGUCACUGAAGUUUCUUGAGGCCAAAGUAUCACUUAGAAGAACACAAUGCUAAUGCUGUUUAAUAUUAGUAACAUUAGAGCACCAGAAGACGCUUUCAGCAGACGACACUAGACAGAGCUCACGAGAGAACUAUGGAAAAGUCACCAACCUGCAAACUGAGAACAGCAGUUCCCCUUAAAGCAAGACAUCACGUAGCGGUAUGAGAGUGAGGACCUACAGUUGCGGAGGAAUUGGAACCGUUCACUGUAUAUAUAUUUACAUUCAUUGGUUGGAUCAUGCAGCCGCUGUUGCUCUCACUGGACGUUUGUGAUGAAAAUUAGAAACUACGCUCACCCUAAUUUCAUGGUCUCCCUGCAUUCAUGUAAUUUUUCACUCAGGUUUACGAAUUAUUGAAGCUAAUAAACACAUUCUGAUGAAGCUUAAUUUGUCCGCUCAUAUAGCAAUAACAAAAUGCACUGCUUUUAAAUGGAAUCUUUAUUAAGGUCAAAGUUGGGCAAAUAAGACCUUUAAAUUCAAUGGGCUGCGAUUAACUACACAAAAAUUAGAUUAAUAGUCAUUAUUAUUUUAAUUUUUUAAAGUAUUCCAAAAUCUUGCAUCCCUAGUUUUCUGCACUGGGAAGUACAGGGAAACAAGGUUAUUGUCCAUGGUUAACUGACCAUAUGCUACAGAGAUCAGGUUGAAAAAUGCUACAGUAUUUUUUUUUUUUAAUCCAAUGUGCUGUCAGCCUUUGCACUGUAAUUCCUGCGCUGACUGUAUUCGUGCUCCCUGCUCUUUUGUACGUGUGUGAGAACGUGAGAGCGUGUUUAUGUAAGAAUAUGCGCUUGGCGUGCUUUAGAAAUACAUGUUGACAGCAAAAGAGGUUUUUUUCACAAAAUGCUUGUCAUAUUUUUUAAUGUGCUGAGAUCAUCGUUUUCUCGGUCUACCACGAAUCUUUGCUUGUGCAUCGAUGCCGAAGACCCAAAUUUUAUGUUCUUAUUUUUUAUUACCUUGUUAUUCAAAACAUGAAGGACUCGUAAGUCAGAACAAACUGGAAAUAAACUGAUUUUGGAAAGAAACAGUCA